AUGUCGCUCUCCUCCCUCUUAGCACCCGUAACACUUCCCAUCGCAUCACUCUUUGCAAUUCCCAUGCUCUCGUCAUGGUCCACAUCCCUCAACCUCAUCUUUUUCUCCUUGACAUGGACUACAGUCGCCAUGACCUACUCUCCCCUCCAACUCGAAUUCUUCGUGCCGCUGUUCUUGCGCACCUUCCUCUACCUGCUCCCCUCCGCGCUAUUUCUACUGUUUGACCUGGGUGUACCAAGUCUCGCCGUCGAGCUAAAAGCGCAGGGCACCUACGGUCUGCCGGGAAAGCAGAAGGGUGGAGCUGCCAAGAUUAGAAGGGUAGUCGCAUGGAGCUGCUUCAAUGUGCUGCUCGCUGUGGCAAUCCAAGCGGGCAUCGAGUUCUUGGUGACGGACGUCUUUCGGGUGCGCAGUCUACUCUUGAUCAAAGGGAGCGCCUGGUCCCUCAACCACCUUCCGAAUCCUUGGUCUCUAUUCAAGCAUUCGGUCCUCGGACUUCUAUCAAGAAACAUCCUCCAAUACUACAUCCACCAACAAAUCCUCCACUCCCCUUCCGGCGGUGCCCUCGCACACUGGCAUCAAACAUGGCAUCACAGUAUCUACGUCCCCUACUCCUUCGUCGCAGCCUACGAUCACCCAGCCUGUUACCUCCUCCACCGUUUUCUGCCGCUCUACCUUCCCGCUAUCGCGCUCCGCUUCCAUAUCAUGACCUACCUCCUGCUCCUCGCGCUCUCUUCCCUCGAAGAAGUCUUCGUAUACUCCGGGUACAACGUCCUGCCGUCGACGAUCAUGCUGAGAGGUAUGGCUCGGAGGGCCGACGCGCAUAUGAUGAGCCAGGGCAAAGGAAACUUUGGUCCGCUUGGUGUCCUGGACUGGAUGCAUGGAACAACAUUAGGGGCUGACGUUAUGGACGACUUGCAAGACGAAAUGGAAAAGCACCACGUGCAGGAGCGAUCGGGAAGGGCGAUCAAUGAGGCUGGUGACACCGCCAACGGCAUCGCGGGGAAGUUGAAGGGAAAAGCAAAAAGGGGGCGAGGGAAGAAAUGA